AUGACUUCUUCAAGUACAGAGUCCUUUGAAGUUGAAAUCUCAACCUUUUAUGACUAUUACGAUAAUUAUAACGAUGCUCCAAAACCAUGCAGUAAGGAAAGCGUCAAGAGGUUUGCAGCCUCCUUCCUCCCUGUUCUGUAUACCCUUGUAUUCCUGGUCGGGCUCACGGGAAACAUUCUGGUCAUUGUGGUCCUCUUCAAAUACAAGAGGCUGAAGAGCAUGACUGAUGUGUACCUACUAAACCUUGCCAUCUCAGAUUUGCUCUUUGUUUUAUCCUUGCCAUUCUGGUCUUAUUUCACAAUAGACCAAUGGGUUUUUGGAACUCCCUGGUGUAAAAUCAUUUCGUGGAUCUACCUGGUUGGGUUUUACAGUGGGAUAUUUUUUAUUAUGCUUAUGAGCAUAGACAGAUACCUGGCAAUUGUUCGUGCAGUGUUUUCCUUGAAAGCAAGGACUGCCUUCCAUGGCUUGAUUACUAGCCUUGUUGUAUGGCUAGUAGCUCUUUCAGCCUCAUUUCCAGAACUUGUAUUUAAAGAAUCUUUUAACGAACAUAAUUAUACUACCUGCAAGUCAAGAUACCCAGGCAAUUUCACAACAUGGAAACUUUUUUCUACUUUGGAAAUCAACAUUUUAGGGCUCCUAAUCCCUUUUAUAGUUAUGACAUUUUGCUACUCCAUGAUCAUUAAAACAUUAGUUCACUGUAGAAAUGAGAAAAAGAAUAAGGCUGUGAGGAUGAUCUUUGCUGUCAUGAUCAUGUUUUUCUUCUUUUGGACCCCUUACAACAUUGUUAUUUUCUUGCAACUGCUGGAAAUUACGGGAGUCAUUAGAGACUGUCAAGUGAGCAGGAAUCUGGACUAUGCUUUCCAGGUAACAGAAAUCCUCGGCCUUUUUCACUGUUGCCUCAAUCCAGUCAUCUACUUCUUCAUGGGGGAAAAAUUUAAGAAGUACCUGAAGAUGCUCUUUAAGAACUGGCGGCUACCUGGAGAUUUUUGCAAGUGGUGUGGCGUUCACAUCACUUACCACACUGAAUCUACUGGUUCAUUCCACACACAAUCUACGGGGGAUCAAGACGCUCUGUAA